AUGGAUUCACUAAAUGUAUCUGCAGAAGAACUUUCUUGUCCCGUGUGCUGUGAAAUCUUCAAGGAUCCUGUUGUUUUAUCAUGUAGUCACAGUGUCUGUAAAGAGUGUCUUCAACAGUUCUGGAGAACCAAGGAAACUCAGGAGUGUCCUGUCUGCAGGAGAAGAUCCUCGAGAGAUGAUCCUCCAUGUAAUCUAGUGCUAAAAAACCUUUGUGAGUCGUUGCGGAGGCAGAGAACAGAGAGGCGUUCAUCAGGGUCUGAGGAGAUCUGCAGUUUACACAGUGAGAAACUCAAACUCUUCUGUCUGGAGGACAAACAGCCUGUGUGUUUAGUGUGCAGAGAUUCACAACAACAUGACAAUCACACAUUCAGACCCAUCAGUGAAGCCGUUUCAACAUGUAGGGAAGCGCUCAAUACAGCAGUCAAGACCUUACAGGACAAACUUCAACAAAGUGGAAACAUAAAAGGAGUGUUUGAGGAAACAGUUCAACACAUCAAGUCUCAAGCUGAUCACACAGAGCACCAAAUUAAACAGCAGUUACAGCAGUUUCAUCAAAUAAAACCAGCUGUUGAUUGUGUCUCAUCAGCUCCUGUGAUUCUGGAUCCAAACACUGCUCAUCCACGUCUCUUCGUGUCUGAUGAUCUGACCAGUGUGAGAUACAGUGAGAACAAACAACCACUUCCUGAUAAUCCAGAGAGAUUUAACGAGAGUUUCUCUGUUCUGGGUUCAGAGGGUUUUAACUCAGGAACACACUGCUGGGAUGUGGAGGUUAAGGAAAGUCAGUACUGGAGUGUUGGAGUGACUGCAGCAUCGAACCAGAGGAAGGGACAUCAUUUCUAUAAGCCUGAUGAGUGGAGUGUGUCAUACAAGGUGUUAACACAGCAUAGCUUUCCUGUUGAACAGAAGCUUGAGCAAGUUUUCCCCUCUGAGGAUCUUACCGUUCAAUAG